UUCUUCUUGUCAUCCAGUGAGGUCAAAAUGGCGGCAUGCUGCAUGUAAAGAGGUCGUAACUACAACCGGCUUUUUGUUUCGGGAACAUGUAUAAAACACCAUGUAGAAGGCUGUCAGGUUUUGUUGGAGUGCAUGUGAAACAAAAACUGCUUCAAAAUGCUCCUCAAAGUAACCAGACUUUUAGCUGCCUCAUCCAGCUGCAUAGAAGAGACCCUUCAACCUGGCUGACGUAUCAACAUCUUAAUUUCCUUAAGCGACUGUAUGUUACAAAAAAAGGCAGCGAGCUCCACCAGCGUGCCAUCCCCAAACAGUCACACAUCAUGAACACUGUGGAUGAGAAAGAUGACAGUCUUGAAACUGAAGUGGAAAGAAUAUCGGCCAUUAAUCCUCUGAUGCCAGAUUCUGUUUCCCAACCGGAUUUUGUUGCCGCAAAGUUGCAGCCCAAACUCUCCACUCCACAACCUGCUAUGGAGAAGAAGACUUUGCCGGAAAGAACGGUGUCUCAAGCCGAAGCGUCUUCAGCGGAGCCGCCGCACAUCUAUGUUGAAACGGAGGAAGUGAGGCAGGCGCGGCUGGACAGACAGUGGAAGCAGCUGAAGCUUGAUCUGUCGGAGUUACCGGAUAUCUACUCCAGACUUUCCAAAAUCAAACUGACAGCUCUGGUGGUUAUUACUGCAGCUGCUGGUUUCUCAAUGGCUCCAGUGCCCUUCGACCCCAUCAACUUUGUAGUUUCUUCUCUGGGAACAGGCCUUGCAUCUUGUGCAGCCAAUACAAUUAACCAGUACUUUGAGGUGCCCUUUGACUCCAACAUGAAUCGCACAAAGAACCGUCCCCUUGUCAGGGGACAGAUCAGUCCCCUACAUGCCGUCUCAUUUGCCCUGGCUUGUGGCGUUCCUGGAGUGGCUCUGCUCACCCUGGCAGUAAAUCCUUUAACAGGCUUCCUGGGUGCCCUCAACAUCUUUCUGUACACCUGUUGCUACACGCCACUUAAAAGACUUAGCAUCACCAACACCUGGAUUGGAGCGCUGGUUGGGGCGAUUCCUCCUGUGAUGGGCUGGACCGCUGCCACGGGCUGUGUGGACCCAGGUGCUUUGCUGCUGGGUGGUUUCCUGUACAGCUGGCAGUUCCCCCACUUCAAUGCUCUCAGCUGGAACUUGAGGGAAGACUACUCCCGCGGCGGUUACCGCAUGAUGUCCGUCACCCACCCCUCCAUGUGCAAGCGCGUGGCGCUGCGCCACAGCCUGGCUCUCAUCGGGCUGUCCACGAUGGCGCCCGUGCUGGACGUCACCACCUGGACCUUUCCCGUGAUCUCCUUACCCAUCAACCUGUACAUCAGCUACCUGGCCUUCCGCUUUUACCAAAAGGGAGACCGUAACAGCGCCCGCAAGCUCUUCUUCUGCAGCCUCUGGCACCUUCCCAUGCUGCUGCUUCUGGCUCUCACCUGCAAGAAGUACAACAGAGGUGGCGAGGACUCUGGGCCGGCGCCACUCACAGUGCCAGCUAACUAAUGUGAGAGAACUCACAGCUGUUUUUUAAAGAAUUCGAAGAACACCAUUGAUUGUGGAUAUGUACAUAUUCUGUAUUUAUCUCUAAAAAGUUUAUCUCUGUUGGUCGUAAAUGAACCUGUACAGUUUAAACCUCUCUUUAAACACACCUCAGCGCCUGGACAACCUCAAGGGGAUUACAAAUGCCUCAUUUUUUUUAUUCAUCUGGAGUAAAUAUGUCAGGGUGUUCUUAACUUUUACUUAAUCUCUGGUAAUUAACAGUUAAUAAACCCUAUUUUAUUUGCUGGCGUUGUGGCACUUUAGUCUGAAAUGAACCAAAAGCAGAAGGUUGAACUCUCUAAGAACGAAUACUUCAAGAAAAAAACAUUUCAUGAUUUUUGUUGUGUGUCCGAUCUUUUGUACGUCCAGCAGCAACAUCGGCCUAUAAAAUAAAAAGGAGAUGCUGACUCAG